AUGAUUACCGAAUGCGACCGACGUAAGCAGAUUAGCAUGAGAGGGAUAGCGCCCGUGGAGAAUGUGGCUACAGUCAAGAAAUCGUUCAACAGGCAUCUCCACUAUACCCUGGUGAAGGACCGAAAUGUUGCCACCCCAAGGGAUUACUAUUUUUCUUUGGCUUACACGGUUCGCGACCACUUGGUUUCAAGGUGGAUCCGAACCCAGCAGUUUUACUAUGAAGUGGAUCCAAAGAGAGUCUACUAUUUGUCCUUGGAGUUCUACAUGGGCCGGACACUGUCCAACACCAUGGUCAACUUGGGCAUCCAAAGCUCCUGUGAUGAAGCCAUGUAUCAGCUGGGCUUGGACAUAGAGGAACUGGAAGAGAUUGAGCAAGAUGCUGGCCUUGGAAAUGGCGGCCUAGGUCGUCUUGCAGCAUGUUUUCUGGACUCCAUGGCCUCCCUCGGCUUGGCCGCUUAUGGCUAUGGCAUUCGUUAUGAUUAUGGCAUUUUCACACAGAGAAUUGAGAAUGGAUGGCAGGUUGAGGAACCUGAUGACUGGCUGCGAUUUGGAAACCCCUGGGAAAAAUCUCGACCUGAAUACUGCUUGCCCGUGAACUUUUAUGGCCGAGUUGAAAAGGUCAAUGAUCAGGACAAGUGGGUGGAUGCUCAGGUGCUGUUUGCUAUGCCGUAUGAUACCCCAGUUCCUGGUUAUGGCAACAACACUGUGAACACACUUCGACUGUGGUCCUGCAAAGCACCAAACAGCUUCCAAUUGCACUUCUUUAACAAUGGAGAUUACAUCAAUGCUGUCUGUGAAAGGAACAAUGCAGAGAACAUCUCCAGAGUUCUCUACCCUAAUGACAAUGUGUUUGAAGGCAAGGAGUUGCGUCUGAAGCAGGAGUAUUUCAUGGUGACAGCCUCCCUACAGGAUCUCAUUCGAAGGUUCAAAUCUUCUUCUUUUGGGCAGGCCAAGCCAGUGAGGACUUCUUUCGACACUUUCCCUGACAAGGUGGCCAUCCAGCUGAAUGACACUCACCCAUCUCUAGCCAUCCCGGAGCUGAUGAGAAUCCUGGUGGACAUUGAGAAUGUUCCAUGGGACAAGGCCUGGGACAUCACUACAAGAACCUGUGCAUACACCAACCACACAGUUCUCCCUGAAGCUCUGGAGCGCUGGCCAGUGGGACUCCUGGGCCAUGUUCUGCCUCGUCAUUUGGCCAUUUUGUAUGAGAUCAACCUAAGGUUCUUGCAGGAAGUUGGCAAGCGCUGGCCAGGAGAUUUUGGCAGACUGGCACGAAUGUCCUUGGUUGAGGAGGGUCCUGAGAAGAAAAUCAACAUGGCUCAUGUUUGCAUCGUUGGAAGCAAGGCAGUCAAUGGAGUGGCAGCAAUACACUCGGAGAUCAUCAAGAAAAACACCUUCAAAGACUUCUAUGAGAUGUUUCCCAAAAAGUUCCAGAACAAGACCAACGGCAUCACUCCGCGACGUUGGCUUCUAUUGUGCAACCCUGGACUGUCUGACGCCAUUGCUGAGAAAAUUGGUGAAACUUGGGUUACCAAUCUUAACGAGCUGAGAAAAUUAACUCCUCUGUCGAAAGAGGAAGCUUUCCUCCGAAACUUUAUGAAAAUCAAGCAGGAGAACAAGAUGAAGCUUGCCCAGUACCUUCAGACCAACUACCACAUCAAGGUGAACACUGCCUCCAUGUUUGACAUGCAGGUGAAGAGGAUCCAUGAGUACAAGAGGCAGCUGAUGAACUGUCUGCACAUCAUCACCCUCUACAACAGGCUGAAGAAGAACCCACAGGCUCCGUUUGUUCCCAGGACCAUCAUGGUCGGAGGAAAGGCUGCUCCAGGCUACCACAUUGCCAAGAUGAUCAUUAAACUCAUCAACAAUGUAGGCAGAGUGGUCAACAAUGACCCGAUCAUCGGCGACCGACUCAAGGUCAUCUAUCUGGAGAACUACCGGGUGUCUUUGGCCGAAAAGAUCAUCCCUGCCGCUGACCUCAGUGAGCAGAUUUCUCUGGCUGGAACUGAAGCCUCUGGCACAGGAAACAUGAAGUUCAUGUUGAAUGGAGCUCUGACCAUUGGAACCCUGGAUGGCGCCAAUGUGGAAAUGAUGGAAGAGAUGGGCAAAGAGAACAUAUUCAUCUUUGGCAUGACAGUCGAUGAAGUGGAGGAGCUCUUCCGUAAAGGCUACAACCCACGUUCAUUCUAUGAGAAUGAUGCAGAGCUGAAGCAGGCAUUAGACCAAGUCAACGGCGGCUACUUCUCUCCAGAGGAUCCCAACCUGUUCUCGGACCUCUACCAAGGCCUUCUCAACAAUGACAGGUUUGCCCUCUGUGCAGACUUCAGGGCAUAUGUGGAUUGCCAGGAACAAGUGUCCGAACUGUUCAAGGACCCCAUGAAGUGGGCUGUGAAAGCCACUCUCAACGUGGCUGCAUCUGGAAAGUUCUCUAGUGACAGGACUAUCUCUGAGUAUGCCAAGGACAUCUGGGGCGUGGAGCCAUCACUGGUGAAGCUGCCAAACCCUGCAGACAAGGGUUCUGCCAAGGAGAAUUAA